AUGGUGCUGAGGAGAGGGCCGCAUCUUGGCGAGCGUAGCGGCUUCGCGAUCUCGGCCCGGCGACUGCUGCUCCUCAUGUGGAUGAGUAUCGGCGUCGCUCCCCUGCUGCUCCAAGCGAGAAGCUACGUGCGAUUCGUGACGCCACACAAGAUUUCAAAGAGUUUGCUUCCCCCCGAGACGGAUGUGCACGACAAGACCAACUUACUUGACCAUUGCCCGGUCGACGGGCUAUUCGUCGCUGGAAUCUGGUGGAAUGUCACGCCUCUCUAUUAUUUUCAGGUUGAGGAUGGAAAACUCUGUCACUUCGUCGUGCCCCAGUACAAUAUCCACGGCAACUAUUUUCUUGGGAAUAAAGCGACCAAUGCGUCGUCGACAACUCCGUCCAGCUGUGCGAACGAGAGCUACGCGUUCAAACACUACUUUUACCACGGCAGUAUUGGAUACUUCGCGUUCUACGAGGAGGCUAGAGGAACGUACUGUGCCAUCGACAAGACCGCGUAUGUGUUGGUGGGAGGCUUGGGGACGCAUGACUGCAAUGGGGCUCAACUUGCUCACGAUCGAGGCAGCACCGAGUAUCGCGAGUCAUAUUGGUAUGGCAUCAGCGGGUCCGUCUGGAUAGCGUAUCGCGUCUUGAUGCUCAGGAGAAGCUAUAUAUCAUGCAAACGGUAUGGCAAAAGGUGUGAUCGGAUGUGUGAAAGCCUCCGCCUAAAUGACGCUGUGGUGUACGUCCAAGAGAGCAUCAGGCUGUCAGCGUACGAUGCCCGAAACUACCAUCGAUUCGCGCUCCUAUAUCUGCUAGUCGAAGGACUGAUGAGCGAUCUAUUCCUGCUAAUUGCUCAGGAAGGGAUGAUGGGGAGGUUGCAGUACAUCUCGCUGGGCUACAAUUUAUCGGGCGUGAUGUCAAUGCUGUUUGAAAUGCUGGAAACCAUGAGAUGGCUGGGCGAGAAGCUGCGGUGUCUGCUGAAGAGGCUUCUGUUCAACUACGAAACGAUGCUGCUAGGAGAGUGCGUUUGCGCCGGUGCGAUGCAGCACUACCUCACUGCACUGAAUCGCUCCAGAGGUUUCAAACAUUCCCAGCCCGCCUCAAAAUUUAUCUCGCCUUACGUGUGGAGCUUAGUCGGCCAUGGCGUCAUUGUCCUCGGUUGUGUAUUGGUUUUAGUAUCCGUUCGGUCUCUCGGGGCAAUAUUCUACAUGCGAUGGAAGUACGGCUGCUUUGCGGUGCUCACCACUGUGUGCUGCGUCGAUACAACGCUGGGGGUGCGUGGCAAACUUGUAGUUUUGGGCGGAUACUCGUACGACAACGCGAGGUUGUACUACAAACUCAGCACUCUGAAAGCGUUCGGGAUGAUGAAGAUGAUGGAGGAGAACGGGCAGGACUUUUUGGUGCUGCACAAGCUCUAUUGGAUUGCAAUCCCCCGGCGGGAUCUGUUUGUAAUUGGAUCUGUUCACGGGAGGCAAGUUCAACCAUGCCCAGAACGAUUUUGUACUGGAGUUGUGACCUCCUUUACUCAAGUGCUAGGAGGACCCGUCGGAGGGUCUGGCACUAGACGGUGGCUUCGCGGUGCCUUUGACAAUAGAGUUGACUUGGAGCCAGCAACUAUCAAAGUUGCAAGUUCUCGUGCGGAGUCCUCAACUACAGUGAGUAGCCUUCGAACGCCAUCUCAAGUGGACGUCAAAGUCAGUCGACCAGCCGUACUGGAAUCAUUUCGAUGA